UCACGUACAGAUCGAGAUAAUAGUAUCCAUCUGUCGACGUAAGAAAGCUAAGGGAUAUACUACAUGGGGGGAUCGGGAGUGAGCGGAAGUAUGCUAAUUAUUGUCGUUUGGAUCCUUUGUUUAUGCGGCGGCGGCACUCAGGCCGCCACCUUCACUAUUACAAACAAUUGCACGUAUACCGUGUGGGCAGCGUCUUUUAAUGUCACCAGCGGUGGUGGCUGGAAACUAAACAGCGAGGGGGCGACGAAAAUGGACGUGAAGGAAGGGACCUCGGGUGCGCGCGUGUGGGCCCGGACUAAUUGCAAAUUCGACGGUGCAGGGAAGGGGCAGUGUGAAACCGGGGACUGUGGGGGUGAGUUUUAUUGCAAAAGAACAGGGGCAGCCAAUACGACCCUGGCACAAUUUUCUCUAAACCAGGCCGGUAAUUUGGACUAUUACGAUAUCUCCAAUGCCGCCGGCUAUAAUCUUGGGAUGGCUUUCAGUCCCACAAAUAGUCAAUGUGAUGCCCUCUCCUGCCCUGAUGAUGCCAACCCCCGCAACCCUUGGAACAGUACCCGUAACUGCCCAUCUGGAUCCGACUACCACAUAGUCUUUUGCCCUUAGCCCUUCAUGCAUGCUAGCUAGCUUGUACGUCCUUAGCUUGCACCAUUAUCAUGCAUACAGCUUGUUUUCUUUAAUUUGCAUUCUUCCUCUGUCCAUCUUCAAUUCUCAUCGUGUUUCUGUUUUUGUUUUAUCAAGCUUAUACUAUCGUAUACUAUGUAUGUCAUUUUGUCCCAUGACACAAAUGAUCCAUGUGCCCUUCUUCUUCAAUGAAAUCUUGACAUUUUCCCCUAC